AGAUGACGGCGGCGCGGGUGGUGGAGCGCUGGGCGGCCCGGCUGCCUGACUGGCCGGCUUGGGCGUCUGGGCCGUGAAGGUGGGACCGCUUGUUCUGGGCGGCAAGUUUCCCUCUCCACCGCCCGCCGUUCGUAGCAUGUCCCCCAGAACCCGGGGAGCGCAAGCAGGACUGGCUUAGAGAAGACGCGGUCCCCAGCUCUUGGGCCACGGACGUCCCGCCCCGCUCCUCUGUCGGUGGAGAACCGCCGGGCCGAGCCACUGGGAGAAGCAGGCCAGAGCCUUCUAGGGCCUCCGGCCCGUGGACCCGAGGAGGAUGAGCUGGCUCUUUCCCCUGACCAAGAGCGCCUCCUCCUCCGCGGCUGGGUCCCCCGGUGGCCUCACCAGCCUCCAGCAGCAGAAGCAGCGCCUGAUCGAGUCCCUCCGGAACUCACACUCCAGAUUGCUUCCUCCGCAGUUUCCUCAGGAAAAACCAGUGAUCAGUGUUUAUCCACCAAUACGACAUCACUUAAUGGAUAAACAAGGAGUGUAUGUUACCUCUCCAUUAGUAAACAAUUUUACAAUGCACUCAGAUCUUGGAAAAAUUAUUCAGAGUCUGUUGGAUGAGUUUUGGAAGAAUCCUCCAGUUUUAGCCCCUACUUCAACAGCAUUUCCUUAUCUAUACAGUAACCCAAGUGGGAUGCCUCCUUAUGCUUCUCAGGGUUUUCCGUUUCUUCCUCCAUAUCCUCCACAAGAAGCAAACAGGAGUAUCACUUCUUUAUCUGUUGCUGACACUGUUUCUUCUUCAACAACAAGUCAUACCACAGCCAAGCCUGCUGCUCCUUCAUUUGGUGUCCUUUCAAAUCUGCCAUUACCCAUUCCCACAAUGGAUGCUUCAAUAUCGACAAGCCAAAAUGGUUUUGGUUACAAGAUGCCAGAUGUCCCUGAUGCAUUUCCAGAACUCUCAGAACUAAGUGUGUCACAACUCACAGAUAUGAAUGAACAAGAGGAGGUAUUACUAGAACAGUUUCUGACUUUGCCUCAACUAAAACAAAUUAUUACCGACAAAGAUGACUUAGUAAAAAGUAUUGAGGAACUAGCAAGAAAAAAUCUCCUUUUGGAGCCCAGCUUGGAAGCCAAAAGGCAAACUGUUUUAGAUAAGUAUGAAUUACUUACACAGAUGAAGUCUACUUUCGAAAAGAAGAUGCAAAGGCAGCAUGAACUUAGUGAGAGCUGUAGUGCAAGUGCCCUACAGGCAAGAUUGAAAGUAGCUGCACACGAAGCUGAGGAAGAAUCUGAUAAUAUCGCAGAAGACUUCUUGGAGGGAAAGAUGGAAAUAGAUGAUUUUCUCAGUAGCUUCAUGGAAAAGAGAACAAUUUGCCACUGUAGAAGAGCCAAGGAAGAGAAACUUCAGCAGGCAAUAGCAAUGCACAGCCAAUUUCAUGCUCCACUAUAGACAUACACUGUCAAAUGGAAGAAAUUAAAGCUGCAUCCUCAAUAUUAGGCAACAGAGUUUCUAAGAGUGGACAGCUCCAAGAAGGUUGUGAAGUGAGUUAUGUUGUAAAAAUGUGAAAGCCAUUACCACUAUAUCCUAAGUUUUAUUUUAGCAAGGUAUUCCCUAUUACAUACAGUAUAUUGCAGAAAAUGAAUAAACAUUCCUUGUACUUAAUUCGGGAACUGCUCAGCAGACAAUGCCCAAAUUUUAUAUUCUGAAAGAAUUACGCUUGCUUUAUUUUUUACAUUAACAGUACUUUUAUAUCACAGUUCUCUAAUAUAUUCUAUUUUUAAAUAUGAUGAACACAAUUAAAUGUUUUCAUUUAUAUAUAUUGCAACACUCCUUCCAAAUCUUUCAUACUAGAGAGAUCAGCAAUGUUGCCUUCUUGCCCUCUUGACUUUGUCCUCAUUUCAGCGAAAUGUAAUACAUUCUCCCAUAACAAAUCAACAUUCAAAAUAUUGAUGUAAAUUGUAAAGUUUAAAUUAAUCCUUUCACAUAUUCAAAAUACUGAUGUAAAUUGUGAAGUUUAAAUUAAUCCUUUUACAUUCUAGAAUGUAUUAAUAUAUUAAAACCAUACAGUGGGAAUACCAUUUAUUUAUGUCCAAACAUGGCCACUUUUCCCCACUAAGUUUCAUUUAGGUCACCUACUGAAGUCUUUUUUAACUCAUAAGACAGGAGAGGGACUCCCCCUCAAGUGUGCAGUUUAACAAAACAAAAAUUCUUUUCAGAACUCAGCAGUCAGUGGUCAUGAGAUGUUACUAAGGUUAAUUAAACCACAUUAGCCAGUUACAUAAUUUCUAAAAUGAUAGAUUACAAAACCUGUUCCCUUCAUUAAACAGACAUGACAACCCAAUUCUCUGGUUCUUGAAACUGGGUUUUCCCUCACAGAUGUUUUACCUACUAACUUUAUAAUGUGAUACUUUGAGAUCAGGCUGGUGGCUGGCCCACACUGUCGGUAGUGUAGUCUCUAGAAUAGUAAUAAAAGGUUGUUCUUACAAGAAAGCUGAUACUUAAAUUCAUCUAUAAGACCAGGAGAAUAAAUGUUGCUUCUACCUUGUUAGCUAUUAAAUCAGUGUUAGAGAAAAAGUGAGAUACAAGGUUUAGCAUUUUUAAAUAAUGGGGAGAAACAGACUGUAGAUCUCAGAGAACAACAACAAAAUAACAAUUCAAAAUAUAUGCUCUAAGGAAAAGUUAAAGUGAUGAUUAUGCCUGAAAGAUAAGCAAUUAAAAGCUCCUUAUUAACCAAAAAGUGUGCAUCUCACCAAUGUGCCUGUUUUAGAAAUACGUAUAAGAGGGUCAGAAAGGAGGAUAAUGUCAGAUGCUUUAGAAAACACAAAAUAUGCAUCUGGAAGUGAACUAAAAGAUUCAUGAUGAUCACAGAUGUGAGGGAAAGGAGUGGAGGCUUUUUGAGAGAUGCAUGCUAUGACAAGGAAGAUGAUAUAUUCUGAUCACUUCGGGUAAUGAUAGAAGUAACUGCUCUGCAGUGAAUAUAAUUUUCAUAGUCUAGGAUGAGCUUCAAAAUGGUGAAUAAUUUUCCUUAUAUUUGAUAAAUGACUACGUCCUCUUCAGUAUCUAAGAAAUCAAGAACUGGGCACUUUUUUCCCUUUUCAUAGCUGCAUUAAAAUAGUUCUCAAUGACAUGUACCAUUUCUUGUUUUUAUGAUAAACUACCUUGUUCCCUUCUUUUUGGAAGUGUUGCUUAUGUGUCCUUUACUUUGGAACUCCAAAGGGAAACUUCAGGCAGUGAGAAACACGGCUUCAUCAGAAUCCCGGUCCUUGCCACUAUCUUCACUCGGUGCAUGCUCACCACCACUUGGAGACCGACAGCUCAAAUCCUCCACCCCGGACUCUUGGUCACUGUUGGCUGACAGAUCUGGAUCUGAACUUUUCAGAUUGUCUUGGGUUAGAAUCAGAGCAGAAUCUUCAUCGCCUUGUGAAGGGCUCCGGGAUGGAAAUGAUUUCAUAUUCCCACUGUAAUCCUGGGGAGUGUUGGCUAUGCUGUUGUCUGAGGUAGAAAACCCUGAGUGCUUGCUGGGCUCACUUUGCUUACUCUUCACCUUAGUGCAAUUUAACUGGACCUUUUGAAUUUUUUCCAGCCUCUAAGAAAGAAAUAACAAUUUCAGGGGAAAAAUCAUAAAUAAUGUAUCUUUUUCUAUAUAUGUAUGCCUUUAGCAUUUGUUACCUCCCAGGUGGGUAUAAUGGUAAGAACAUGGGACUCAGAGGGAUGUGAGUUCAAACCUGGACUUCACGACCUUGCACAAAAUCUGUGAGGCCUGCUUUCUUUAUCUCUAAUGUAAGGAUAAUACCUGCCUUGAAAUAGGUUUUCUAUAAUCAUAAGCAAUAUAGCACAGUUGAAGCACCCAGUGAACCCUAGUCUCCCUCUUUUCUAUACCGACAUGGUUUCAAAUGAUGAUUCUCAUCCCAUGAACUCAAAAAACAUUUUUUAGAAAUCAGGAAUGAAGUGUUUAUCAUCUAACUUUUACACUGAGAUACAAUUCAUUUACCAUGAAACUCACCCUUUUAAAGUAUACAAUUCAGUGGUUUUUAGUUAUAUUCACAAGGUUGUGCAAUGAUCACUACUAAUUGUAAAAUACUGUCAUCACCUCCCCUGCCAAAGGAAAACCCCAUACUCAAUUAGCAGUCAUUCCGCAUUGCUAUCUCCUCUAUGGAUUUGCCUAGUCUAGAUGCUUUAUAUAAAUUGAAUGGAAUCAUACAAUAUGUGGCUUUUUGUAUCUGGCUCCCUUCACUUAGCUUAUGUUCUCAAAGUUCAUUCAUGGUAUAGCAUGUGUCAGUACUUCAUUCCUUUUUCUGGCUGAACAGUAUUCCAUUACACAUUACCACAUUUUGUUUUUCCAUUCAUCAAGUCAUGGACACUUGGGUUGUUCAGAAUACAUUUCACCAGAUUUCAUGUUUUGAUGUUAACAGAGGAGGUGUUAUAAGAUCAAGUAUUAUGUGUUCAUUCACAAAGCAUUCAUUUAGGUUAUGUGCAAAAGCACCGUGCUGGGCAGUGUGAGGAACAGAUAAAUACAGACCCAGCCCUAAGGAACAUGUAGUAGUGGAGCAGAGAGAGGCAGAGUUCAUGGAAUGUAAGAAUUUCAAAAAGGCAAAAGUUCUUGAAGAGGGAUGAAGUGGUAAGGUUAGAAGGAAGAGAACAGAGUAAGUUUCAGGGAGGAAGGAACAUUUUAACAGGACUGUGAAAGAUUUAAACUUGGACGUUCCGGUAAUAGCUAGUAAGCAUUCCUGGCAGGAGGAGGGACAGUGAGAGGACAAACACAAAGGUAGGAAGGUCUAAAUUGUAUACAAGCAGCAGAAACCAUUAAAUAUUAGCAUGGAAAAAAAGAUGAGAGUAUCUCAAAUGCCAACCUAAGGAAUUUUGACUUUGUAAUAAGGAAGAGCCAGUUUUAAAGAGCCAGACUGCUAAAAUAGACUAACAGAAUUCUAAGAUGUUCAUAAACUACAGUAGUGCCACUGGAAACAAAGAUACCCAAUUAGGAAAAGCAUUUUCUUAUAACCUCCCUGUCCAAGUACAGGGAAGUUAAUAGAAGCCAAAAGAUAGACUUGAUAGUCAAUCUCCUCUAUUACCAAUUAUAGAUUAAUAUAAUAGUUACAUAAUUUUUAAAAGUGGAGAAAGAUUUUUAUAUGUAUUUGAUUUUAUUCUUUUUCACACUUUUCCAGAAAAAAAAUUAAUUUUACUACUCUAACAGUAACCAAAAAGUAGACCUAAAAUGAGGAACAACCAAAAAUUUGUGGAACUGAGCCACAAGCCAGAUGUGUGAAAUGCAUUAAAUGCCCAGGUUUGGGCUUCGGUUAUCUGAGUCCUGACCUGGAUGGGGUUGUGUUUCAGGUGUUCUACUGGCUAAAAAUGCAAAAUGUUUGUGUUGCACUGAAUCUUAAGAGGCUUUCAUGAAGCCUUGCUCUUCAAGAAAUAAGCACAUUAAACAGAUUAACAAAGCAAGUAUGUCUUACUUCUUCCAGGGCCUCUAGUUCUUCCUCUAGCUGCUGAGUUUCCUCCUUCACUGCCAUUAGGUAAUCUGUAACUGAUUGUCGGGGCUGCAUCCCCUUUUCAAAGCGGUUAUACAUUCCACUCCAAAACCUGGAAAGGACAGCAGAGUGUCAUGAUACCACCUUAUCACAGUCUGAAAAUUCACAUCCUCGAGUCUUCUAAGGUAUCUAUGAUACCACAGUCUUAAUAAUAACCAAAUGCAAAUUUCAGCCUCAAAAAAGCCACUACUUAAGGUAAUAAUUUCAUGUUGAUGUUUUUUUCUUGGGUCAAUAAAUGCCUUUUGGAGAGAAUAA